AUGACGACGCCUUCAAGUUCGCCGGCCCCCGAGGUCCACCGUGACCGCCUGCCCACCCUCUACGAGGUGCUGAGUCGCCGGACCUCCGCUCCCGUCGAUCUCUUCUUCUUCUACAUCUACAUGCGCGACCAGCAGCGCUCGGUCGAUUACCUGGAUUUCUGGCUCGAUGUUUCUCAACACAUGGCCCUCUGCCGCCACUAUGUGCGUGAACUGCGUCGGACCAACCUGUUCGGCACCCCGGAGCUCGAAAAGGCCGGCAGCAAAAGAUCUUCGGCCGUCCUGGACAAUGUUGCCGAAGCUGGACCAUCCAACGAGAAGACCACGCCCGAGCAGCGCCUCUCGGCCUUUCUGCGUGAGAACGACACUGCCAGGCACCACUCGCCCCAGAACAGUGUCGGCACCACCGAUUCCGCCCGCUCAAACAACGAGCCCCCGCGCCCCAGCUUCAUGGCAGGUUCCACGGCUAGCGGCUCUCCCAUGCAGGACUCUUCGGGCAAUCAGCAAUCCACCCCCGAGCAGCACACCGUCACCCGUAACGACAUCCGCGCCUCCGCCGAGAAGAUCUUGUACACCUACCUUCUCCCCGGUUCCGAGCGCGAGAUCAUCCUUCCGCAGAGCAUUCUGGACAGGAUUACCCACGACAUCGAAGUCGAGAACCGUGAUGAUCCUGAAGUCUUUGACACGGCCAAGGACUACGUUUUCCAGGCCAUGGAACGCGAUGCUUUCCCUGGUUUCCUGCGUUGCAAGGCCUUCGGCAACCUGGUACCUCCGAGCAUGAUGGUCCGCAUGAUCAUCGGUCUGUUGGCCAUGUUUGGUGGAUUCUGGGCCGCCUUCACUCUCAUUUUCCUGGACCAUUCGAGAGGCAACCGUUGCUGGCUCAUCCUCCCCUUCACCAUUGGCGUCUACAUGCUCGCAUCACACCAGUACAUGCUCGACCCCUUGCUCGUAUUCGCCGGCCGCAGCGAGACGACGUUCGGCAACUUCGGCAAGAUCCGCGAGCCUUUCGUAAAGAAGCUGCUCAUCAAACGCGCCAUCAUGGUCCUCCUUGUCAUCGCCUUCGCCGACGCCGCCCUGUGCCUGCUGUUCAUCCUCGUCCCCGGCAGGCGCCUAUGA